CCAGCGGCCGUGACACACAGUUCACAAUCAUCAGUGAACGGGAGUGAAUGUGUUGACUUGUCGCUAAAAUGUCACAAACACCGCGAGUUUGGCGAAAAUUUACAGUGAAAAGUAAAGAUGGUGAAUUAAAACUUCGUAUUCAGGACAUGCCGAGUGAACGUUUGGACGAUCUUAUCGAUAUAUUUUUGAAAUAUUUCGUUCCGGAAGAGACGUCCCACAAAACAGCAGGUAUACAUAAAAGUGAAGAAGCUUUGGCGGAAUCAAGAGAAUUCGUCACAGAAAUGUCUACUGACAUUGCUAAGAGUCCACACAACUUAGUAAUAUGUUGUUUAGACGAAGAUCCUGAAGCUGUUGGAGAAAUUAUAGGAGCGUCUAUGACAACAGUCGCUAAGAAAGACGACCCUGAAGAAGAUAUGAAUUUCACGACAAAAACUAAGGAGGUGGCAGCUAUGUUUGCAAUAAUGGAUAAACUUUUUUCAAAAUACGACGUUAUGAAGGAUCUGAAUCUCGACAGUUUCCUUGAUGACAGAGGAAUUGUAAUAAAUCCAAAAUAUAGAGGUCUUGGAAUUGCUCAAAUGUUCUUCAAUGUCAGGCGCCAGAUAUGCCAUGACCUUGGAGUACCUCUUACUGGAGCCUGGAUGACGUCAGCAGGCUCUCAGAAGGCAGCAGCCCGUGAUGGAUGGGAAACAGUUUUCGAGGUUACAUACAAAGAAUUCGGGAAAGAAGCUGGAGUCGUGUUUGAAGAUGUACCACCUUCCUGUAAAUUUAUGACCGCCAAGCCAUUAUCGAUCUAGUCGUAUUUAAGCUUUAGUCAAGUAUAUCAAGUAUAUUUAAUAUAUUGAAUCUGAAUAUGCACAUUAUCUUUUGAUUGAAACUAACUCUUACUUACUUUUUAAAAACAUACCGAUUGGAGCUAAUCGGUAUGUUUUUAUCCAUUGACUAGCGGCCGCCCGCGCCGCGACUUCGUACGCAUGGAUCCCGUUUUACCCCCUUAGGAAGGGAGUUUCGUAAAACCCUGCUUAGCGGAUGCCUACGUCAUCAUAACAUCUACCUGCAUGCCAAAUUUCAGCCCGAUCCGUCCAGUGGUUUGGGCUGUGCGUUGAUAGAUCACUAUGUUAGUCAGUCAGUCAGUCACCUUUGAGUUAUAUACGUAUAAUAUUUAGAUUCACUUUCCCGCUACUGCAAUUUUUCUUCAUACGGGGGGCUUACAGUCCGAGGGCUCACUUUACUACAGCUUUUAUUCUGUACUUUUCUUCUAAGAAUUUUUACUAGUUAUGAAAUUGUAUAAUACAUGAGUUAAAUGACUAAUACUCUUAAACUAACUGAUGUAUCUUAACCGUUAUAGGUACUUUUCCUUGAAAGUUCAUGAAAAGCAGUAUCAUUAGGAUUUUUUUCAAAUUUUUCAUGCCAACAUUUUAGCAUUUAGGGGGGGGGGGGGCGCCUUAUUCGAACAAAAAUUGGCACUUUAAACUUUAAUAAUUUGCAAACAGAUCCCUAAAUGGAAAAAUAGUCUUAGAAACCCCUAAGCCAUUUUAAAAGACCUAUCCAACGUGUUAGGUAUAUACAUAAUUAUAAUAUACUUUAGUUAGACUGUCUAAUAAUAUUAUUAAUGUUUUCUAAGUAAUAACUUUCAGAGUCCAUUUAAUUGUCUCAUUACGAUAAUUUUACACUGCACUUCCGGUUUGUGAUCUCAUGUUGUGAUUUGUAGUGUUGUAUAAAUUAAAAUCAAAACAGUAAAAUGUUAAUAUCAAUUUUAUUUAAAAUAAUGAUUAAUUACAAUAUUUUUAGAACAUUGUUAUAAUAAUAAAUAAUUUAUAUCAAAAUGCACCGGGGUUUCCGCUUCCGAUCACACCGUAGCGAAAACCACGUUAGCAUUUUGUGAAUAAUGGCGGGCAGUCGUUGGUGAACUAUCGUGUCGAACGGAUUACUCUGCUGAAAUGUAAUUGUGUAAUACUGAUGAGUAAUACUGUUGUACAAGUUAUACAAUAAAUACUGUCAAAAGCAUCAACCGGCGUUUGAACUUAAAAGGACGACAAAAGUUCAGAAGCGGGAUACGAUAAGGAUAAACAAAACUUCCUUACACGCCUGCAAAACAUGAAGAUCCUGAAGUUGUUGGAGAAAUUAUUGGAGCGUCUAUAACAACAGUCGCAAAGAAAGAUGACCCUGAAGAAGAUAUGAAUUUCACGGAUAAAAAG